AUGAGCACGAACAAUACGGGACAUCAGCAGGCUCAUUUAUCAUCAUCUUCGUCCAAUAUCAGCACUUAUCACCUAUUAGAAGUAGACACUGGCGAAAAACCAACAAUGGUAUCACCACCAUCAUCAACAUCGGCAACAACAAUUUCCCUCGGUGGAUUUAUUUCCGUUGUCUGUGGCAGUAUUAAUUCUUGGUUUCGACAUUAUCGGAUCUACAAAAGUAUAUUGUUGAUACUUUUGUUGUUGGUUCUAUUGCCCUUAUUUGCUCACCGGAAUCUACUAAAUCCCGAUAGUGAUGUUCCCCAAUUGGAUUUGCAUAGGCAAAGACCUCUGCUGGAUGCCUAUGAAGAUUUCAGCUCCAUGCGAGCCAGUGAUUUGAAAAUGAGAAUUGAGGAGCUGCUCCGAAUAAAGAGCACCGUUUCCAUUGAAUUGCGCGAGCUGGAAGCACGUCGUCAAAAGCUUCAAUCCGACAUUGGACAGUGCAAUCAAAAAAUCGAAGAACUCAAACAAGAUUUGAUGCGUGAACAAACCGAACUGGAGAGACUUAAAAUAUCGGUUGAACAAGCUCAGGUGGCACAAAAAGAAGCAGUGCAGCGAAAUACACCAGACCUGGCACUACCACGUACCUUGUAUCCAAAUGCCUUACCUCGCAACAUGCCUGCCACCUCAUUACAAACGAUGGUCACAUGUGAAAUGCACAAUUGUUUCGAUCACUCACGCUGUAGUUUGACCUCGGGGUUUCCCGUUUAUCUCUAUGACCCAGAUACAUAUAAUGUCUUAAAGCCCGGCUAUGAAAUCGAUGGUUUCCUACGGACAACCAUUAAACAAACAUUGGGGUACAACGCUCAUAUUGUCAGAGAUCCCAAACAAGCUUGCAUAUAUUUGGUAUUAAUUGGUGAAGCUUUGUAUGAAAGCGAAUCGGUGAAGAAUAAUCGUUAUGCAGCCCAUGAGGAAGAAGAAAAAGAGAAAAGUGGUUCAGUGUAUGGAGUACAAGACAAAUACAACGCCAUCGAUAUGAAUAAAAUCUACAAACUACCAUAUUGGGGUGGUGAUGGACGCAAUCAUGUACUCCUAAAUCUUGCCCGAAGAAAUCUCAAUUCCAAAUCCACCAAUGCUUUACUCAAUCAGAAUACAAUGCGUGCCAUUGUAGUACAAUCAUCAUUCGAAGCGGCACAAUUCCGACAAAACUAUGACUUGAUAGUACCACCCAUAUUGGGUCCUCCGGGCGGUGACGUUUGGCAAGAAUGUGCCGCAAUGGUGCCAGCAAGACGUGCUUACCUUCUGUCAUUCCAAGGUGAAUUGCGACCAUUAAAUCAGCCCUUACAAUCACCUCAUCCUUUGGAUGAUUUCAUAUUGGACCAUCUGACCGAAAUGGCGAAAGGUCCCACACUGGACAAGUUCCUUCUGCAAUUCAAAUGUGUUCCGGCAACGGAACAACAAGAUGAUAAUGCUGUUGUCGACUGGGCAUUGUGCGGCACCGAUUCAUCGCGUAAACAAAUUUUAAAAGAAUCCACUUUCGCUUUAAUUCUACCACCCCUGGAGAGACGGGUUAGUUCAACAUUGAUGUUGGCACGUCUUUAUGAAGCUUUACGUUCUGGUGCGAUACCGGUAAUACUGGGAGCCGAUGAGGUACGUCUACCUUACAGUGAAACAAUUGAUUGGCGUCGAGUAGCAUUACUGUUGCCAAAAGCCCGUAUUACAGAAUUGCACUUCCUAUUGAGGGCAAUCCAGGACGGUGAUCUCUUGCUGAUGCGACGUCAAGGUCGUUUAGUUUGGGAACGUUAUUUAAGUUCCGUGCAGUCCACAGUGGAUACGGUUAUAGCAAGUUUACGUGAUCGUUUGGGUAUACCACCCAGGCCAGUUCCACCAGUUAUAGCCCAAAGUGUUUUCAACAAUACAUUUAUUCCCCUGAAAUCGGAUCCACCCGUUGGUAUGGAUACAGAACCUGAAGAAUCAUUGGGACCUAUGGAACCGCCAUAUCCAAGUCCUGCAUUCAAGCGUAAUUACACCAUUUUGAGGAUGCAAUCAAGGGAAGCCUGGAAUGAUUGGGUUGAUCCAUUUUAUAUGUAUCCUCAAUUGCCUUUUGACCCAGUACUGCCUUCAGAAGCAAAAUUUAUGGGCUCUCACAUGGGUUUCCGUCCAAUUGGCAAGGGCAGCGGUGGUGCUGGUAAAGAGUUCAGUGAAGCCUUAGGUGGCAAUUAUCCCAGGGAACAGUUUACAAUUGUCAUACUAACAUAUGAACGAGAACAAGUACUGAUGGACUCGUUGGGACGACUCUAUGGCUUGCCAUAUUUGCACAAAGUAGUAGUUGUGUGGAAUUCACCUAAACCACCAUUAGAUGAUCUACGUUGGCCGGACAUAGGCGUACCUGUAGCAGUUGUUAGAGCACCACGAAACUCGCUCAACAAUCGCUUCCUCCCUUAUGAUGUUAUCGAAACGGAAGCUGUUCUAUCUGUCGAUGAUGAUGCUCAUUUACGACAUGACGAAAUACUUUUCGGUUUUCGUGUGUGGCGAGAACAUCGCGACCGUGUUGUUGGUUUCCCUGGACGGUUUCAUGCAUGGGAUUUAAAUGAUAAUCAUCAUUGGAAUUACAACUCCAAUUACAGUUGUGAACUGAGUAUGGUGUUGACGGGUGCUGCCUUCAUCCAUAAAUACUAUAUGUACUUGUACACAUAUCAAUUGCCACAGGCAAUACGUGAUAAAGUGGACGAGUAUAUGAAUUGUGAAGAUAUUGCUAUGAAUUUCCUUGUGUCGCAUAUAACACGAAAACCGCCAGUGAAAGUAACAUCUCGUUGGACCUUCCGGUGUCCCGGAUGUCCAGUAUCUUUAAGUGAAGAUGAUACUCAUUUCCAGGAGAGGCAUAAGUGUAUAAAUUUCUUUUCACAAGUCUUCGGCUAUACACCACUUUUAAAUACACAAUAUCGAGCAGAUUCGAUAUUAUUUAAGACCCGUAUACCACACGACAAACAAAAAUGCUUUAAGUAUAUUUAAAUUAUAUACG